UCUAUUAGUUGGCAGCAAUGAAAAGUGUUGCAUAUUGAGGUCAAGUUCGUUUGGUUUGUUGCAAGCCACAAGUGCUUGUUCAGUCCAUUCUACUUGUUUCGCUUUCGACGCUAUCAAGUCUGGAUUCAUACAACAGCUCUUUAUCAACACCGAUAUCUCACAAUGAGCUACACGAUAGAGGUGGCAACCGAGGCUGAUAAGAAGGAGGUGUACGAUUUGAUGUGCGACCACUUCUUUCACGAGAUGCCUCUGUAUGCCGCCUUCCAGCAAACCGAGCCGUUAUCAAUCGACGAGUGGCCAGCUGUUCAAACUCUACACGAGAAAAUCUCAGUGAAAGCUGUGACGACGGAUGGGCGCAUAGUGGGUGUAGCCCUGAAUGUGGUGCCCACAUGUGGAGAGGUGGUGGCAUUACCCCCUAAGCUUGAAUCCUUUUUCAAUGAAGUCAACAAGUGUUCGAAAUCUUUGUUGAGCGAUUUGGAGAAAAAUCACAUGGAAAUACGGUGCCUAUCGGUCGCCAAAGUUUGGAGAAAUCGAGGAAUUUCCAUUAAACUGAUGGAAGAGUCGGAAAAAUUAGCCAGAAAGCUAGGUGAAAGAAAAAUUUUCGCUAUGUCAACAGGAGCUUUUAUUGCCAAUGCUUUCGAUAAGGCAAAUUGGACUAAUGUAUUCCAGUAUAACUAUUCAGAGUAUAAGAAAGAAGCUAACUUCAAACUGCCUCCAGAGCCUCAUACGUUUUUGAGGCUGUAUGUAAAGGAUUUAUGAGAAUUGAUUUCUGCCAUCACUGAUGGUAUGAUAUAAUUUAUCACUGAUAUUUGUACAAUUAUCAUGUACAAUUCUAAAUGAAUCGUCUGGGAUUCAACUGAAGAUAAUACAUAAAUGAUGUACACAUGUUCACAAAUAUCAAUUCAUUCUUACUGUACAACAAUACUUGAAGAGAUCAAAUCAUGGAAACACAUAUUAAUUUUUAUAUUGACAGUCUUUCAAUAUUCAUUUAUUUCUGUGAUAGAAUCUAUACUUUUAUGUUUGAUAUCAUGCCUAGAGAUAGGAGUGUAUGUAUACUACAUUAUUAUGUGUACCCAGUUUAUUGUGAAAAUACUUCUGUGAUAAGAAAUUAAACUUGCUGCCGAUGUUACCAA